GCCACCCCACCCAGAGUCGUACGACCGGUCUUCUGACAUGCGACUCGUGAACUUCCAUCCAGGACCCGGCCCCACGUCGCCAAACCUUCGAGAACUCAAAAAUCGAGCUUCCUCAGCCCUCACGACGGCUCGAAAAUAAGUCACCGAUUUUUCCCAAUGCUCCAAUUUCCUAUUCCGGCCUCGAGUUCGAAUCAUCUCCUACCCUAGCACCAAAACCCUAAACUCGCCACCUGCAACAACCCCUUCCAAUCUCCAGCGAGUCGUGGGUGGACCGGGUGGCGGUGAUGGACGACGGCGUCCUCUCGGCUGCCAUCCACCCAAAAUUGCAGUCCCCCGAUCACGUCUUCCGGCAAUACCUCGGUCGCCGCGCCGGCAUCGUGAAGGCCCUCACCGAAGAUGUGGCGGAGUUCUACGAGCAGUGCGACCCCGAAAAAGCGGGUUUGUGCCUCUAUGGACUGCCUGAUGGGACCUGGAAAGUGAAUUUUCCGGUCGAGAAAAUUCCGUCUAUACUUCCUGAGCCAGUAUGUGGGAUAAACUUUGCUCGUGAUGGAACAGCCAAGAAAGAUUGGAUAUCUUUGAUAGCUGUUCAUAGUGAUGCAUGGUUAAUGUCCAUGGCAUUUUACCAUGCUGGUCGCCUUGCAUUUGAUAGAGAAGCCAGAAGGACGGAGCUCUUCAGGAUGAUCAAUAGUUUUUCCACUACUUUCGAAGUUGUGAGAGAAAGCUAUAAGAAGAAGCGAUCACAGGUCUGCAAUGGCAGCAUCGAGAAUAAGUCUAGCUUCCAGCCACCAAGAAAACCCAACUCUAACAGCAAGCCGGUGAAGCAGGCCCUGCAGACGUUGGAGGAAGAGAAUGGCGCCAAAGCAGGGGAAGGUGGUGAUGAUCAAGCUUCAAACGAGUGUGCCGCUUGCUGUGAGGCCUACAGCGAUGACGAGUUGCACUUUUGGAUUUUCUGCGACGAUUGUACAAGGUGGUUCCACGGCAAGUGUGUCCAGGUGACUCCGACCAUGGCGAAAGCAAUGAAGAAGUACGUGUGCCCUGGCUGCAGCUACAGGAGCAAAGCAACGAAGGCUUCUGGGGCUAAUGUGGUUACGAGUUUAGAUUCUUAACUUCCGAAGCUGCUCUUAACAUUAGGUUCGUGGCAUCUUGGGUGUCCGGUUGUGAAUCGUGAUGGGUGGGUGGACUUGUGGAAUGCUCAAGCCGCCGACUCGCGAGCUCCUUUGCGAUACUUGGCGUGCUGUCUCUCUGGUACUGUUCGUAGGCCAUCUGCUGCUUUCCUAUCCUAGUUUUGAUGGCUAGCUUGGUUCGGGAAAAAGAAAGUAUUGAUGACCUUUUGAGCUUUCGGAACUCUCGUCUCGAGAGCAAUGAAAUGAUCGGUUAUUGAACUGA